AUGGCCGUUUUGAACUCGCGCGAUAUAGAUCCAUCGGACUACCACGGCCGCCUCAAGCAAAUCUUCAGCAACGAAAUCCGACUGCAAAACCGCGAGGCGACCAUCAGCAAACGGAGCUCCAGAUGCCUCAGCAAUCUUAUCGUCGCCAAUGAGGCCAUCGAACGGCAGCAACGCGACUUUGGCAAGCUGCGAAUAGUGUUGAUGAAGCGCAGCCAGGAACUGGAACGUCGAUUCGCCUUGGGAGAGGCAUUGAAGCAGCAGCUCGACGCCACCCGACAGCAUAAUGCGGACAUGCAGGCGCAGCUGUUGCGCCACACGACGGAGGUCAAGCUACGCAGCAACGAGCUGAUGGAAUGCAUGCACACGCUUAAGCAAGCAACGGGUACGUACAUCAACCACGAGGCAUUGCCCGCGCGUCUCAAAGGUAUCAGCGUAGUGCGGGCCAAGGACGGCGCGACCAAGUGGAUACCCUUCGAUCUGGACGGCAACGAAACGAACGGCCUGCACACGCUGUGGCGGUGUCUGCACACCCGCAGCGACAAUGCCAGCAAAUGGCGGCAGCUCCUUUCGGUCCAGGAGGUGGCCAAGACCGCUCCAGUUACCCCAUGCGGCAAUCAGAGAGCGAAAUCGAGGUGCAGCAAUGUUGUGCCGACAUCUAUAAUUGAGAUUGAUCUCACCUCGCCGACAAAUGACGCCUCAUGAUUUCCUGCUAGUCAGGACUUCCGUUUGUGCCUUGAAGGUGGUUUGAUGUGUUUUGCUCGCGCUCCGGAAAAAAAAAAAGGAAAGAACAAAACUUUGGUUCAAAAUUAAAUCCAUCAACACGGAAUACUAGCCGGUUGUUUGUUUAAUCGAGCUUCUUAUAUAAAUAUUGAAUAAAUUUGAAGGAUUACAAUUUUAU